UCAUCCCUUCUCAUCGACAUACCUGGCCAAUGCCGCCGCGAGCCGAUUUUGGUUGCUCACUGAGAUCAAUGCAACUGGCGCCAGCAGCUCGCGAUUGGCAUACGAUGAGAUGCGGUCAGUCGUACGGACGGGACACAGCCUAAUACCAGCCAGCACGAAGUGGCCAUGGAGUAAAGGUGCGUCUGUCUGUGUGUGAAGGACUGUUUACGCGUCUAGCAGACUCCGGCAUGAGAGGGCCAGCAUAGCGACUUGUGCGGCAGAGAAAUACAACGGCCCAACAAGCUGGUAGAUGGUGUGGAGGACUCUCUUGUCCGACAAACAACACACCAGUCGAUUCUGACAGACACACAGCACAAACGUGAGUGGUCGGUCACACAUGGUCGUUCUCUAUAUACCCACCUGGGUAUUCUCCUGUCGUGCAGCCUCUCUGUGGGGGUCCUGUUGCUGCGAUGAGACCCACCGAUCGAUCGCCUCCUACAUAGAUCACACACACACACACACACGCACACGCACACGCACACGCACACGCACACGCACAGUGGCGAGCGGUGAUCGAUCGGUCUAUAUGGGGGUCAGACCUUGCGGCGGCGAAACUUGGCGAAGAAAUCCAAAACCUGACCCGUGAGUAAUACGUAUGUACAGACAUGUGGCUUGCACGUUAUUGACACUGAAUUGCAAUUACCUCAUUCUGUAGAGCGCUGUUUUGCGAGGCCGCCGUGAGGGGCCCGGACAGGGCAGAGAUGUCCACCUGCACAUGAAAAGCGCCACACACAGCAGACACACAGGUGACCUCGAAUUUGGUGAUCGUUUGACCUUACGGACCUGCAGAAUCCGUUCGACGAUCGGGUUGUCUUUACUCUUGCCGCUCAUCACCUGCCGAUCACAGCAGCUGCACACAUGAAGACAAUUCACUAGAGCCGCUCAAGAUACGACGGACAGACGCACCUGGCGAGGCUGCCCAGGACGACCAUCAUCAUCCUGACGUCGUUGCCGCCAUUAGCAAUGGAUUCGAGCUGUAAAAUGCCUAGCCUCACAGCCCUCGACAGCUGGGAGCACAUGAGCUCGGCCAGACCCUCACACGAAGCAUACUAAACACAACGAAGACAGGAGUGGCGAGUCUACACACAAAUAAGGCAUUGGUUCCGUCGUAUUCUUUGCUGACCGAGUUACGAUUCACGAUGAGGUAGAGCAGAUGCACCGAAGCCGCCACGACAGACUGUCCAUGGAGGGCAUCAUUGGUCAGUCUGUCGCUCUGCAGGAUGCUCAUGGCUGCGGAGAGGAAGCCCGCCUGCGCAACACGCUCGCAGUAGCGACAUUCUGAGGAAACACAGACGCACACGAGACAUCAUUAAGUGGCAUGGGCCAUGCACCAUCACUCACCAGCCAUUGCCACUGGCACAUUCAGAGAUCUGCAGACCGUGUUAGCCGACUGCUCAGCGGUGGCGUGGUCCUUCAGCAAUGUGGCUAUCUUGCCCAGAGCAGCGGGGCUCGCUGACGCACUACGGCAUAUGGACGCCAACACACCUGCAUCCACACACACCCACACACGCUCACACAGCGGCGUGACGAGUCAACGAGCCCUCUUGGCAUCAAGGUGACCCACACCUGGCUCAGAGGGAAAGAAGCGGGCGUAGAAGCAGAUGAUGCUUAUCAGCUCGUAUGCCCUCAACAUAGCCGGUUGAUCACAGCUGGUGACCAGGGUCUCGACGAGCGCAUCGAUGUGGCAGAACAUGUGCUGCUGAAACGCCCCAAGAUCCUCAGUCGUCACUGAAUUACACAUAUAAAACACUCAGAUACACUUAAACACGACAGCCCUCUUUGUCCAUUCACCACAUGAUCACCUGGAAUGCUUUCGCUGAGAACCACUGCCAGAGCUAUUCUGAAUACCUCGUCCGAUAGUGUCAGCCUCCCCACCGUCCCCUCCACCAAGACACCAAACAGCGGCAGCCACUCCACACCAAACGGAUACCCAGCUUGACAAAGCCGUUUGAGGAAGCACGUCGCCGCAGCCUGAUGCUCCAUGUCGCUGCUGUCAUUGAAAAUGGCAACAAUGCAGCCGGCGAGGCCUCCCUGACCCUGCUGUCGAUGCGCCUUGUCCUUGACGGCCAAUGACCGUACGAGGCCCUCGACAACUGGGUCAUCAUCCGGCAAGAGCGGUGUCUCAUUGAGAUCUUCCUGUUGCUCAACGAAGGAGUCGAUGUCACCAGCCAGAAGAGCAUCAGCAGCGACAAGUUGAGCAGCGGCGCACGUGAUGGCAACAGCAUCCGAGACCGACGUAGUGCCCUUCCGCGUGUUGGCCGUGUGUUGCUGGUCGGGUGUGAUGGGGGAGGGCGUGGAGGCAGGGAAUGGGCAAGAGGGACCCACUGGUUGCUGACCCGCUGAUGCAGCUGCUGCGGCGAGUGGCGACGGGUCGAUGGAGCUGGUGGGUUCGACGGCCUGCUGCUGCUGGGUGCAUGCGAAGAUGUCGAAAGCAGUGGAGGGCUGACGGCUGCCGUCCUGACAAUCACAGCCACACAUCACGCACAUAUGCACACAUGUGGGCAUGCACCUCCCUCGUGUCUGUCUGUCUGUCUGCCUGUCUGUCUGUGCAUGUGUGUCCGUACCGAUGUGGCGUCCACAGUGAUGUCAUCCUCUCCGGACCCACCGCCGUGCCCCGCCCCUCCCAUCAGCGCCGUGCUGCUUCCGUGCGGCUGCACGGUGACGCCGCCCACAACUGAUGUGUCGGCUGCUGGUGAGGCGAUGGGCGUGAGCGGCAUGGACUGGCCAUGGGGGACGGAAGGCUGCGGUAGCUGCUGACUCUGAUAUGUGCCGACGACCUCAGUGAGCAU